AUGUUGCCACGACUGACGUGGCCAAUCAAUGGUGCAUUCUAUGACUAUUCGGAGUGUUCUGCCAGGGCUGGCAUCUGUGGGGUUUGUGGCAAUCGGGCGGGUGAAGGUGCAAAAUGUUCAGCAACAGCAGACUGCGCAGAAGAUCUUUGCUGUGGUGGCCUUCUUGAAGGUCGCAUUUCCGUCAACUGCCAGGGCACCUGCGUCAAAAAGACCCCAAGUGCUUGCCCAAGCUUGGUGGACAUGAGCGCUCUGACCGAAGUGGUGGACAGUUUCGUGAAGUUCGCUAGAGAUUUCGGCCAGUGCAUGAUCGAGGAGGUGGUUGAACCGUGGCUGGAGGACGAGUACGGCUGCAGAUUCAGUGCCUCCCCCGAGAAGAUGACGGCGUCCCUCACCUGCACGCAGCUGGACCCCGAAAGGGCGCGUCGCCUGGCGGCCAGGGACGAGACGGGAUCCUGGGCCCGGCGCUUUGGCUAUGCAGACGCGAGGGCAGCUGUUGCAGCGCCCGUCCUGUACCGACCACCCGGGCCUGGCUCCUUUGGGGAGCCAGGCCGGCAGCUGUUGGGCAUCGGCUCAGCGGAGGAGCCUUCCACCAGCCAGCUGGGCUGCAGAGAGACCCAGUACUGCAACGCCGGAGCCGUCCUCAGCGUUGUCGCAAGCAUCGACUUCAAGCCGAAGGUCUCCAUCGACAUUGAUACCACGGCGAGUACUGCAACGAUCAGCUUGGAGGGGGACGUGACUGGCACGGCUGGGGUGGGUGCCCUUGCCGGUGGCUCGUGCACCUACGAGAGGGAGCUCUUCUUCCCAAGCGCCCCGAAGCCGGUGGCCACAUACUGCCUCUAUGCAGUCUGUGUCACUGUCCUGAUUCAAGGCUCUGUUAACUUGGCGGUCGAAGGAGAGUUGCAGGCCACCGCCAGCGCGGAGUACCACACAGUCUACAGAGUCGGUGGCCAGGCAACUCUGGAGCUUUCCCCCACAAACCUCGAUCAGAGUGCGAACGCGGCCAUUACAGCAGACCGUGUCAGUGACCACUGGAGCCUGAAUGCAGUAGGUUCGAUGUCGGCUUCAAUUUCGGUAACUGUGGGUCCUGUCGUUACGAUCCUCGUGGUUCCCGGAACCUUUGCGACGGUGCAUCCCUUCGUCAUGGCUCAAGCCUCCCUCUUUGGCACCAUGAAGUUCGAGAAAGCUUCCGCCAGUGAGGCCCCGGAGGGCAUCACGGCCGUCUCCUGGCCAGUCUCCUCUGAGGUCUGCACCGAGGAGGCCCAGAAGCAGAGCCUGGCGAAGAGGCGGUUCACCCAGCAGAGGCCGGGGAAGGAAACGACCAGUUCUGGCAACGCCACCAGCGGACAAGGCUUCACCUUGGACACCGACCUCCUGGAUACCGACGGGCAGUGCUUCGCCGUGGGCUGGAAUGCCGUGGUGGGCGUCAAGGCCACAGUUCUGGGACCUCCCCCGGGCCUCAAGGACCUGACCCAGGUUCUGAGUGCGGUCAGCAGCGAGUUGACAGACUCGCUCACGAAGUUCUCUCUGGGAUCUACGGCGGCCUUGGGUGCUGUGAACUGUGUUGGCAGAUGGAUCACUGGCGAUGAGAACUUUGACAUGGUCGCGGCUGGUCUGAAUGCCGCAGUUCAGGGACUGUUGGGCAAGAUCCCGACCAGCAGCUUGGAUGAGCUGCCCGUGUUUGAGACGGAGGCUUGCUUUGACAUGUACAAGGCAAGUGUCGGAGAAGGUUGCUUGUGCUCCGUGGGCUGCGCUCGUAGGGAGGAGGAUGCCAGCUGUGCUCCGAAGGAUGGAAGCGCAAACCUCGCUUGUCAGACCGGCGGCACGUUCCUUUGCUUCCUGCUUGCUGCCUGGUCUUCCCUCCUAAGCAGGAUCUGA